CAAGAGAAGGCAGAAGGACGAGCACCCGCACCCGCACCCGCACCCAUCCAUUCAUUAUCUCCUCAGCUGUGCUGUGCUGCGCUGCGCUGCGCUGCGCUGCGUCGGUUUCAAAUUUGAAACGACGUCUGAUUCUCCUUCUAGUAACUUGUGCCUGGGAACGCGCGUUCUCUAACGGCCACCUGCGCCUCAAAGCAAAUAAAUAUAAAACCCUUUCUUCCCCUCUCUUCACAUAUUCUCUCUUCUUUCUCCCUCUCCCUCUCCCUCUCUCAAAACAAGGGGUGGUUGGUGAGUUCUUCAGUUCUCAACAACAACAGGUGAAAGAAAGAAUGGGAAAGAAGAAAGUGGCAACUCAAACCGUCAGCAUCAAUGCCAAAGAGGAGAAAAAUGGCGCAAAUCCAAAAACUAAAGCUGAUAAAGAGGAAGAGAAGGCCAAUCUCAAACGCCUCAACAACUUUCUAUUGAAGCAAACAAUGGAGCUCAGAGAACAGGUCGCCUCUCUCAAUACCUCAAAGCAAACCCUAGAAAUGGAGAUUUCAAGGGUAGAAGCAGAGAAACAAAGGCUUGAGGCUGCUUAUCAGAGAUCAAUGAAGGAGCAGGACGACAGCAGAAACCUCGAAUCCGAGCUCUCCUGGAGCGUAGGGAUCCUCGUCCUCUCUUCUCAGCUAUCCGAGCACGAUGAGAUAUUGAAGAAGUUCAUUGAAGAGGAGGAGGAGCUCAGUUCGUCUUUGGUCGAGAGCCUGAAAGAGGCUCGAGCAAGGCUGGUUGAGGGUUCAGAGUCAUGGAGGAGAGAGAAACAAGGGCUCGAGUCCUUGAUUUCAGUGUCUCAAUCCAGGGUGAGAACACUUGAGAAACAGAGUGAAGAGAGUGAGAGGACUAGGGUUUACAAUGAGGCAAAGAUCGAUGAUAUUGAGAAAAACGUUGCCCAGCUCAGGGCCUCGGAGUAUAAUUUGCAGAAGCAAUUGGAGGCCCUCAAGGAAGAGCAGUAUGAGCUCCAAGCUGAGCUCAAUCGAGCUAAAGCUGAAUCUGAUCGGCUUGUUAGAGAUAGAGAAUGUUGUCAAAGGGAGCUCUUCCUGAAACAAGAGGAAGCAGAAACCCUAAGAGGCUCUGUUACAGAGAUGGAGACACGUGAUGCUCAAAACAGGAAGAAGCUUGGAGAGAUGAAUCAGAAGCAUGAGCAGUUGCUCCAAAAGUUGAAGGAGAAGGAGAGAAGCUUGGAGACUUUGACAGAGGAGAAAGCUGCUCUCCAGGAGAAUCUGGAAUGUUCAAUGUCUCAGUUUGAUGCAAAGAUGAAAUGGUUGAUGAGAGAGAAAGAGAACUGGGAGAAAGAAAAGGCUUAUCAGGAGAGCAAGAUCUCUGCAUUCGAGGAAGAGGCUAGCAAGUUCAACAUGGCUAGCAUCAAUAUGCAGAAGCAUUGCAAAGAUCUCAAAGGAGCUCAAACUCAGCUUCAAAAUGAGCUGAGUAUUGCUCGAGAAGCUAGAGAUCGGUUUCUUCAGGAGAGUGUAGCAAGAAGUGUAGAGCAUGUCCAAUGGAGAAAAGAAGCAGAGGGGUUUCAAUCUUGUGUCAGAGAGUCGGAGAGAGAGAAAGCAGAGCUGGGGCUUGAGCUUGAGAGGAUGAGGAAAAAGCACAGCCAACUCCUCAUUGAUAUGGGGGCAAAGGACAAGAGCUUGGAAUCUGUGAGAGAGGAGAUAACCAUUCUGCAAAAACAAAUGGAAUCCUCUCUUGCGGAAUCCGAAUCGAAGGUGAAAGAGCUCAUGAGAGAGAAAGGAAGCCUAGAGCAAGCUAACGCUUGCAAAGAUGCCAUGAUUGCCCAGAUAAAGGAAAAGCUCGAUGGCGUCACUGGUGUGAAAUAUGAGCUUGAAAACUCACGCAAAGCUCUCUCUAAGCUCCAGGACGAGCUGAAACUUGCCCUUGAGGCGACAGACAAGUCUCUUUGCAGUACCCAAGGCCUGAAACUUGCUCUCAAGGACAUGGAGGAGCACAGUUCAGCAAUGGAGAAGGAAGUAGAGAGGAUGCAUCUAAAGCAUGGCCAGCUUCUCCAAGAGAUUAAGGGGAAAGAAACAAGCUUGGGUUCAUUGAAAGAGGAAAAAUUAGCUCUUGAGAAGAGCUUGGAGGAGUCCUCCGAUCGAUCAGAGGGCCUCCUCCUUCGCAUCGAUUCGUUGGAGACAAUGUUGAAGAGGGUUUAUUCGGAGCUCAAGAGCAGUACAAUGGAGUCUAUGAGUGAUGAAAAGGAGGAGAAUGGAAGAACAGGUGAGGGAGAUGAGACUCUGGAAAUGGGUGGCAUUGAGGAGGAGUUGGAAGUGAUAUGUGGGGCAUUUAGGAGGAAAGCAGAGAGAGAGAAGGAGAUGAGAGAGGAGGUGGAGAUGGUGAAGGGGUUAUUGGAAAAGGCAGAGCAGGGGAAGAGGGGGGGUUUAUGGGGGUGGCCUGUUGCAGCCACCACUGCUGUUUUUGCUGCUACUGCCUCCCUUGCCUUGGUAACAAGGUGGUACCCUUGACUCUCCCUCUCUCUCUUACCGUUGUUGAAAAAUAGAAUACUUACUUGCUUGGUUUCUCUCUCUAUUCUAGCUCUUUGUGAGCAGAGUUUUUUUUGUGAAAGAUAGGACUUCCCUCCUCUCACUCUUGGAUCAAGGUCUUUUUUUUGUUUGAACAGUAGGGAUCAAAGCAUUGUUAAGCACUGUUAACAAUACAAUACAAUACAAUACAAUAGUUGGUUGGUCUCUC